AUGGCUACUGUUCCAAAGGUCGCGAGAUAUGUAGCUACCGUUGUAUCAACCAAGAUGCAAAAGUCGUGUGUAGUUGUCGUGGAGAGAAUGAAGUGGAAUACCCACAUUAAGAAGAAUGUAGCGGAGAGAACGCGAAUGAUUGUUCAUGACGAAAAUGACGAGGCUGUGAUUGGUGACAAAGUGAUAAUUGAGGCAGUUGGUAGAAAGAUAAGUAACAAAAAGACGUUUGCUAUCAAGGAGUUCGUAAAGCGCAGUUCCUAUGAGCAUGAGUUUUACCAACACCUGAAUGAUCCAAAAGGAAUUGAAGCAGUCAAAGAAUCUACUCGAAUUGAGUUUUGAGCCUAUUUGUCAGUUUACAU